AUGGUUCCCGUUUCAAAAAAAAGGUAAUAUCCGUUUAAUAUAAUGUUCAAAGUACGAUGCAUCACUAAAUUUUAGUGAACUACGUGCAAAAUAAAAGUGAUCCAUUAUUGUGCUAACAAUUGCUCGUUUUCACAAUAUUGUGGGUCACCUUGUCGUGUUAAAUACAGAGCUAGUUUUCUUCAUCCGGUAAUUAAAUGAUUCUGCAUUGCAGCAUCAACAAACAAAAAUCCUCCGCUCGGAAGCAGUAUUCUCCGGAGGAUUUGGAACGUGCUAUUGAAGAGGCGCAAAAAACCGGGAAAAUGCGAAGAUCAGCCGAAAAGUUUCGAGUCCCAUUUUCAACUGUUCAACGAUACAUACAAUCUCCUCCCAAAAACAUAAAACCCGGUCCUGUUACAGUUUUGUCGGCGUCAGAAGAAGGACGAAUCAAAACAUGGGUCCUCUACAUGUCUAGAGCUGGUUUUCCAAUGAGUGAAACUGAUCUUUAUCAUGCUGUCAUGGACUAUGCGGAAAAAAUCCGGAAGAAGCGAGACAUUCCCAAAACGUUUCCAUGCAGAAACUGGACUCAACGAUUCUUGGAAAGACAUCCGGAGCUGAAGAAAAAGCGCACUACGAGGCUCUCAAAAACUGCGGCGAUUGUCACGGAAGCACAAAUUCGUCGCUGGUUUACAGAGGUCGAAGAAACUCUCCAAGAGAAAGGCAUUGACCUGUCUAUAUUCAAUGAACCAGAGAGGGUUUACAAUUUUGACGAGUCAGGGUUCAAGCUUGCGCCGAAGGAGUUCAAGGCUAUUUGCGGACAGAAUGUCGAAAACGUGUACUAUAUGCACAGUAAUUCUGACAAAGAUAGCUACACAGCUCUUUUUGGAUGUAACGCUGCGGGUGAGCUUACACCGCCGAUGGUAUUGUACCCUGGGAAAAGAAUGACACGUGAAAUUGCUGAAAGUACUCCAGAGGGAUGGUCUGUAGGCGUAUCCGAUGAAGGUUGGCAGACGUCUAAGACGUUUUACGAAUAUAUGACGAAUGAUUUCUACAAGUGGCUUUUGAAUAAGGGCGUGCAAUUCCCAAUUAUUGUAUUUGUGGAUGGACAUAAAAGUCACAUAAGUAUUGAACUGACUGAGUUCUGCACGACUCAUCAAAUUGAACUCAUCGCACUUUAUCCUAACUCCACACGGAUUUUGCAGCCUUUGGACCGCCAGUUUUUUGGGCCAUUCAAACAAAUCUGGAGCAAAGUCUUGAGACAACAUCUCUUGGCACAAAGUAAUGCAAAGGUUACUAAGUUGAAUUUCUGCUCUCUGCUACAGACAUCGCUUAAUAACUUCACGAACACUGAAAUAUGCCUGAAAAAUGCUUUCAAAUUGUGUGGCCUCUCUCCUUGGGACGUAAAUGAACUGGAUUUUAGUCGGUUACCAACGAAUGCGAACCGAGCAUGUAUGGACAAUGAAGAUAGUUCUAGCACCGUGAAUGGAACAGGAAACAAUGAGCCUGAACAGAAUGAGUUUCUUAUUCAAUUGUACCACAUUGAAAAGGGACUCAGUGAAGAUCAGCUGACACGAUUUGCAUUGAACUGGAAAAAGGAUUUUUAUUACGGCUCGUUGGAUGAACUGGCGCUCUUCAACUACUGGAAGUCUAUUAAAGACAAAUCACAAGGUCUAAUGUUCACAGAGCCACUCCAGCAAUUUCAAAGUAUAAUUGUAACAAUUAACGAUCAUGAUGAGUCUGUUCCUUCGUUAAAACAAUGUGCCGACCAAAUCGAUCCACCGAUCGGUCCUGAAGUGGCCGGGAACGCCAAUGAGAAUGCAGGAGAGGAUGCAGGAGACGACCCGUUCGAUGACGUUUUCAUUUGGCCGAAGGUGAAGGAUAAAAGUAAAGAUGUGAAACCAAGACGACAAGAGUGCGUACCGUCAGUUGCAACCAGUAAUAGAUGGCGAAAAUGGUAUGAUCAGAAAGAAGAAGGACGAAAACAAGAGGAAGAAACAAAAAUAGCAAGUGGAAAACGGAAACUAACUCGAAUCCAAAAAGAGGAAGAAGCAAUUGAAAAGAAAAAGAAAAGAGAGGAGAAAAAGCGAUAUAAAGAAUUAUUGCAGCUGGAUAAAGAAAACAAACAACCAAGGAAGAAAGUGAGGGCGAAAUCUAAAAUGGUAUAACAGGAGCCGAGCGGGCAUCUUGUUUUCAUGAUUGUUGUAACGAGAAAUAUUCAUUAAUUCAUGUUUCAUUUUUGCUUUUUGUUGAAGCUAUGUUGAUUUGUUGAUUUUUUUUUAAAUGGUACUAAUAAAUGAUUCAUCAAUAAAGUGCGCCAUACUUUGCCUUCAUUUUUAUGGAAAGAGAUAAGUGGUCUACUUUAAAACUUAAAAUAUUCUAUGAGCUUAUUGUUAUGUGAUGCCGUUAAAAAAUGAUGCCAGAGGUUUUCGGGGGAGGGGUUAUACAAUUUUGAGACAGUACUU